GAGAGAGAGAGAGCGAGAUAAGGUGGGUGAGCUCCCGUUCACACUUUGUAUAAACCUCUCGAGCCAGCCUGGUGCUUCGCACACCCAUUUCGCGACCGGCGAGUGACAGAGACUCCUCGCACACCCACACACACACUACGCAUUUCGAGAGAGAGAGAGAGAGAGUGUGACAGAGAAGAGGAGACAAGACAGAGGAAGAUCGUAAUAGCUAGAGAGAGAAGAUAGAGGAGGCAGAGGAAGCGGCGGCAGGGGUUCCGCGAGGCAAGCAGCUCGCGGAGAUAAUGUCGAUGGAGGCGUCGGAGACGCAGCAGCAGGCGGCGGCGGCGGCGCAGCCCCCCCGGCAGCAGCUGGCGCAGCACCUGUCGGGGAGCCUGAGCUUCAGCAGCAACCUGUCCAUCUCCGGGGUAGACGAGGAGAUGUCGAGAUCGGCCCUGUCCAACUUCAGGGCCAAGGAGGAGGAGAUCGAGAGGAAGAAGCUGGAGGUCAGAGAGAAGGUCAUGUCGCAUCUGGGUCGCGUCGAGGAAGAGACCAAGAGGCUCGCCACGAUUCGGGAGGAACUAGAGGCAUUGUCAGAUCCAAUGAGAAAGGAUGUUGCACUCGUCCGAAAGAAGAUUGAUGCAGUAAAUAAGGAAUUAAAACCGCUGGGAUACACCUGCCAGAAGAAGGAGAGAGAGUACAAGGAAGCCCUUGAGGCCUUCAAUGAAAAGAACAAGGAGAAAGUACAGCUCGUUAACAAAUUAAUGGAGCUGGUGGGUGAAAGUGAGAAGAUGAGGAUGAAGAAGCUGGAGGAGCUGGCUAAGAGCAUAGAAACCCUACAAUGAGAGAUAGCCUUGACGUUGAUGACUGAUUUGAUUAGGUCUCCUUGUGAUGAUAUGUAUGUAAAAUGGUGUUUAAUUUCAAUCAUUAGAUGGGUGCUUUUGGGUUUGUUGUAUUCUUGAUUUUUCUGUUGUCUUUGUUUGCGUUUUCUCUCGUUAGCAUUUGAUGUGUCUACAAUUAACUAAUUUAGGAAGGGAUUAAUCCCCAAAAAAGAACACAGAUGCGCAGAACUAAACUGUCUAUCAACUCUGCAGUGUCUUUUUUCUUCUUAUUUUUCUGCUUGUGCUGAGGUUGGCUUGUCUUUCUGAGGAA